AUGAGUGCUAUGUCCCAAAUAACAGUCGCCGAUGCGGGUGCUGGGGUGGCGUCUGCAACACCGCUGGGCACCGCCGAUGAUGGUCUUUAUCAUCCAGCAAAAUAUCCACAUGGAGCGGAUAAUCUAUACGUGAGCGUGCAGACCAAUCAAAGCCCUACUACGUCACCAGGUGCGCCUGUGGUAGCAAACGCAAUAGUGACAAGUAUGCCACAGUCACCAGUGUGGCAUACAACUAGGCUCGCUGAGACUGAAAUUCCGGUCUCUACACAGAAACCGGCCAUCACAACGGAUAUUUUUGAAAGUUCGUCAAUUGCUAUAUCGAGUGAAACCCCAUCAGCAACUGCUUUCAACUUUCCAGUCUCGUCUACACCAUCAGUGGCCAACAACGUACCGCAACAGAAACAACUAUCACCUGCGGAAUCUCGCGUUUACCAUUUAUUGAUCGUUUUUUUUCUUGCAUUUCUCAUAAUACUCGUGAUUGUGAGUUGGUUCAAGCGACAAGCUGAGCGAAAGAAACCUAUACUCGCAACAUAUCAGCAGCCGCGCAUUCAGUCAAGCCCCCAGCCAACCGUCUCAAAGGAACGAUUUGUGGCAGCCCUCUGUCAAUCCAGAGGUCUGUGGACGGGUGUACUAGCGACAGGUGCUGAAGCGAUUAGUGCAAUCCGAGCUUCCUUUUCCUCAUCGAAAUUUAAAUCUGAAUCGUCUCCCAAGGAUGGCGCUACAAUGGUCGAGACAAGGCGCCCAAUUAUGGAGAAGAUUCUUGAACAAAAUACUCGAAUUUCUAAGUGUGCGACGAUGAAGUUUUCCAAUUUGCGACGCUGGAUUUCCUCUCAAUUGGGGCGACAGAGAGUUGAUGAUGAAGCGGUCGUUGAGAAGGACGAGAAAAUGGCAUCUGGAUCAUCUUCCCUUCACGAGGAAUUCGAAAGCUCGUCAUAUGAUAGCGCCGAUGAACAGACUCAUCUGGAUACAAGCCAUCCAGUCGUGACCAAAAUCCGACCUCCACCACCGGCGAUAAUAGUCGAACGAAAAAGUGUAUUGGAAGAUAACCCGAUAAUCCCACCAGAAACAGUCUGCUUAGAGGAGAGCUGUACAUCAAGCACGAGUUCUGAUACAUCAAGAGGAUCAGAGACUAAAUCCCUGAAAAAGAUCGACGAGUACCAUGAAAUCUGUCACUCACCAAGUGUGGCACUACUAACAGUGAAUGUUUACCGUAUUGAGAUGGAAUUCGCUCCACGCUGGGAUACGCAGCUAGAGGUGGAGCAAGGUGAUGAGGUUAUCCUUACACGUCUUUUUGAGGACGGCUGGGCAUUUUGUGAACUUUUACGCACAAAGCAACAGGGCCUUGUGCCCCGUGCAUGUCUGUCUGUGUGGCCUUCUAGGCGCCACAAUACUCCACCUAGCGUCGCAAGUCUGAAGCUGGUCCCCCCCAACUGCGAAUUCGCGACCUACUACACCUGUCUCACCAAUAUCGCCGAUCUUCCCUCGAUUUUACAGCUCUGCCUCCUCGACUGCAAGCCUUUCUUAGGGCUUGGGAAAGGUUCUAUAUGCAAGAUUGAACACGCACAGUCGGAGAGGGACUUGAAAAAUUACUGCAUUACGAUCAAAGGCUAUUGA